CCAACACGGCCACGAUUGAGUUAGUUUGCUGGAGAAUGUUGUGACGCGAGGUUGUGCCGGUUGUCGUCUGUGUCGAUUCUCUCCUUCCCCUUGUCGGGUUCUUGUGUCUCAUUUCCAUAAUAUUCCAUAUGUGCUGCGCGCGCGUUGAACCUCGCGACCGGUAGUGUAGAGGCACGUGAUUUUUUAUUGUGUUGUUGCUGAAGUUGCUGGUGGGCUAGGGAAGUACCGCCUAGGCAGCGCUCAACUCGACCAGAACGUUAUUGGAAGAGGUCCGAAUCGGACGGGGGUGAAGUGUGUGUGUGUGUGUGAGUUACCAUUUCGGGCAAACCCAGCCCUCGAUCGCGCCAGUUUUUAAAAGGAAGCACAGUGCGUUAAUUUUUCCCCCGCGCCGAUGGAAAGGCAUAAAAUUGAUAAGUGCUAUGAGUGAGCCGGGCAAUCCGACGUGUUUACGAGUUCCGUGGAUAAUUUGCGUGCAGCAGUAGAAGAAGAAAACAAAGUCGCGGGCGCGAUGGGUUUGGCCUCGUCCAAGGCGGCCAACAGUAUUGCCGCGAGCAGCAGCAAUGGUGGCGGCUCCAAGUGCGUCGACAAUGUCAUUAUUGGCACCCACAACCACCAUCCGGAUAUUCAGCAGCCCUGCUCGCUGCUGCCGUCGCCCUCGAGCGGCUUCAGCAUCGGGGGUGGGAUCGAUACCUGGAAGCCGGCGGCGUCCAGCUGUCACGUACGGCAGGCUAGCAUCCGGUCGCGCAACCUGCAGCCCAUGCCGGACAUUGGCGAGCUGGACCGGCGGUUCGCGAAAGUGCUGGCGUCCAUGGAUCUGCCGGCGGACAAGGCGAAGCUGCUGAAAAACUACGACAACGAAAAGAAAUGGGAUAUUAUUUGCGAUCAGGAAAUGGUACAUGCCAAAGACCCACCGGCGCACUAUCUGACGAAGCUGCGAACCUACCUGGACCCCAAGGCCUCGCGAAGUCAUCGAAAACGAAAAAUGGUUGGCGAAUCGACGUCGACGCAGGUGCUGCGCGAUCUGGAGAUUUCGCUGCGCACGAACCACAUCGAGUGGGUGAAGGAGUUUCUGGACGACGAAAACCAGGGCCUGGACGCGCUGAUCGACUAUCUGAGCUUUCGGCUGACGAUGAUGCGGCACGAGCAGCGGAUACAGGAGGCAAAGUCCGAAUCGGACGAGGGCCUGAACCCGAACAAGACGGUUGCGGCGGCCGAUACGACGAUCGCUUCGUACGGAAGCAACGAAACGAACCACAAGUUGGGAGGUUCGAAUGGGUUUAUGAGGCCGGGCUUGGGCGACAUGAUGGAUAGUCCGAGCAUUAAGCGGAGGUCGCGGCACAUUGCCAAGCUGAACAUGGGCUUGACGACGGAUGAUAUCCACGUGUGCAUCAUGUGCAUGCGAGCGAUCAUGAACAACAAGUAUGGGUUCAAUAUGGUGAUACAGCACCGGGAAGCGAUCAAUUGUAUAGCGUUGAGUUUGAUCCACAAAUCGCUACGGACGAAGGCCCUCGUGCUGGAGCUGCUUGCGGCUAUCUGUCUGGUGAAGGGUGGCCACGAGAUCAUACUUUCGGCAUUCGAUAAUUUUAAGAAGGUUUGCUCGGAACAGCGUCGUUUCCAGACGCUGAUGGAGUACUUUAUGAACUAUGAACUGUUCAACAUAGACUUUAUGGUGGCAUGCAUGCAAUUUGUAAAUAUCGUCGUACAUUCCGUGGAGGACAUGAAUUACAGGGUGCACCUGCAGUAUGAGUUUACUGCGCUAGGAUUAGACGACUAUCUGGAGAAGCUGCGGCUGACCGAGUCGGAGGAGCUGCACGUGCAAAUCUCGGCCUAUCUGGACAAUGUGUUCGACGUGGCCGCCCUAAUGGAAGACAGCGAAACGAAGACUGCCGCCCUCGAGAGGGUAAACGAACUUGAGGACGAACUGGGUCGUGCCUUAGACCAGGCUAGUGAAAUCGAGCGGGAAGCGCUGUUCAAGAUCGGCGAGCUCGAGUCGGAACUAAGUCAAACGCGCGUUGAGCGGGAUGAUCUGCACAACAAGCAUCGAACCGUGGAGGAGGAGAUAACGAAACUAAAGCGAGCACUCAAACAGCACGAACAGGAAUCCAAGAGCCGACAGUCGAUGCUGCUUGAGCUGGAGAACUUCACCAAAACCCUCCCCAAGGGAACUUCGAUCGCGGACGUGUCCAACCUUCUGGCGAAGGGUGGCAAACUGUCCGAACUCAGUCCAACGGGAACGGCAACCCUCAACGGAGGUGACAAAGCCCCACCCGUACCACCUCCCCCUGCUCCGCCUGCCCCACCAGUUGCCCCUACGCCUCCCCCACCUCCAUGCCCACCCGCUCCACCUGCCCUGCCGAGUCUGAACGGUACGCGCGCACCACCGAAACCACCCGCAUUCAUUCCACCGCCACCGGCUGGUCCCGGCAGCGGCUUCAUGAACCUCGGCGGAGCGAUUCACUGCACCGACGGCAACAUGACCAUCAAGCGCAAAGUACAAACCAAAUACAAACUGCCAACGCUCAACUGGGUCGCGCUCAAGCCGAACCAGGUGCGCGGAACCAUCUUCAACGAGCUCGACGACGAAAAGCUGCACCGCCAGAUCGACUUUACCGACUUUGAGGAGCGCUUCAAGAUCGGCAUGGGCGGCCCGCUCACGAACGGCAACUGCGACAACAUCGACGGCCUGUCCACGUUCCCCAGCAAGCGGUUCAAGAAGCCGGAGCACAUCUCGCUGCUCGAGCACACGAGGUUAAGAAAUAUAGCAAUCUCACGCCGCAAGCUGGAAAUGCCCGCCGAUCUGGUCAUCAAGGCGAUCAACAACCUCGACCUGAAGCAGCUCUCGCUCGAGAACGUCGAGCUGCUGCAGAAGAUGGUGCCCACCGACCAGGAGCAGAAGCUCUACAAGGAGUAUGUGAUAGAGAAGAAGGACCUGAACCUGCUCACCGAGGAGGACAAGUUUAUGCUGCAGCUGACGAAGGUUGAGCGCAUCUCGUCCAAGCUGUCCAUCAUGAACUACAUCGGCAACUUCUUCGACAGUCUGCACCUGAUCAACCCGCAAAUCUACGCCAUCAUCUCCGCCUCGUCCUCGAUCAAAUCGUCGAAAAAGUUCCGCUCCCUCCUCGAAGUGAUCCUCGCCUUCGGCAACUACCUAAACAGCAGCAAGCGCGGCCCCGCGUACGGCUUCAAGCUGCAGUCGCUGGACACCCUGAUGGACACCAAGUCGAACGACAAGCGGAUGAGCCUGAUGCACUACAUCGUCGGCACGCUGCGGCAAAAGUUCCCCGAGCUGAUGAACUUUGACUCGGAGCUGUUCUGUAUCGACAAGGCGGCCCAGGUCUCGCUGGAGAUUCUCAUCUCGGACGUGAACGAGCUCGAGAAGGGUAUGGAGCAGGUGCGGAAGGAGGCGGAUCUGCGAGGGAAGGGCACGCACAAUCACGUGCUGCGGGACUUUUUGAGCAACUCGGAGGAGAAGCUGAAGAAGAUCCGGGUGGAUUGCAAGACGGCGCAGGAUUCGUUCAAAGAGUGCAUCGAAUACUUUGGUGAAUCGUCCCGGAAUGCAGACGCCAAUGCAUUCUUCUCGUUGCUAGUCCGAUUCGUCAGAGCGUUCAAGACAUGCGAUCAGGAGAACGAACAGCGCCGCCGGCUCGAGCAAGCGGCCCUGCUCGCCGCCACCAAGAAGGACGAAAACGACCAGGUCGUGCUGCGAAACAACAAGAUCAACAGCCAGAAGAAGCAACAGGAGGCAGUAAUCAACGAGCUUAAAACGAAGGCCAAUUCGGUGCGCGAGAAAAAGCUUCUCCAGCAAGAUGAAGUCUACAACGGCGCCCUCGAGGACAUCCUGCUGGGGCUGAAGAACGAACCGUACCGGAGGGCGGACGCGGUCCGGCGAAGCCAGCGCCGUCGUAUCGACAGCAACCGGCUCUCGCGAACCAUGGAAGAGUUGGAGUUUUGAUAGGGCGUUUACGGAGCCUUAAGUUAGGCCUGAGAAUCUGAAAAAAAAAACUACAAAAUUGUGAUUUGAGUGAAACACCGAAGUCGCAGCGCGCAAAGAAUCGUUCGAAUUUUCUCUCUCUGUACAUGUUCGGUUUGAUUCACUUUUGUGUAAAUUUACAACAUAAUAUUAUUGCUAUUGAUAAUAAUAUAUUUUUUGUCAUUGUAAAUAACGCAUACAAACCCGCUGCUGCUGGAUCAUUAGUCAUAGGUUUACUGAGAAACAAAAGACCUUGCAAGUCGUAACCGUAUUGUUGUUCUAUUUUUUGUAAGUGUAGAGAGUUUUGUUAAAUCGGGAUAAUUUACUAAAUUUAGUAAGUUGGCGACGAUACUGUAUAUAUAUUUUUGAGAUAAAAUAUUAUAUAUCAUGAUAUGAUAACGAUUAUUACAAAUAACGUGAACAGUUUAUACGCACAUUAUUUCAAAUACACAGUGAUUAGAAAUCAAACUGA